AAGAUCAUCGGCGAAAAGUUGGCGAUCUCAAUGUUAAACAUGGGAGAAGAUAAAACUAACUCUAGUACUUCUCUAGAAGGCUCUAACACGACGAAAUUUAGUUCGUUUUGCGAAGGGAAAGCAGAAAUCCUCUGUCCUUGCUCGAAAAGCCAGGUCAAAGAAGUGUUCUACAAUCCAGUGCAAGAGUUCAACAGAGAUCUUAGCAGUGCGACAUUGAAAGUGUAUGUUGAUAAACUGGAUCAAUGGAAAAGGAAAAGAUGUCCAUGGGAUGCAAAAGUCGAAGGGAAAUGCCGUGAACCAGAAGUCACUGCUGAUGAGCAGAAGGUUGAUAAAGAAAAGACUGAAAAUGUACAAGACACGAGAACCAAAGCAGAGGUAUCAUUAUUUGAAGGACUGUCAGCUACUGGUCUACGUUCUGUCCGCUAUGCGCUAGAAGUGCCUGGUAUUCAACACAUUGUUGCCAACGACAUCAGCAAGGAUGCUUACCAUCUGAUACAGAAAAACAUCAAUCAUAACAAGGUCGGCCAUAUUGUAACUCCAAGCCACCAAGAUGCAUCUAUUGUAAUGUACCAACAUCGAUAUCCACUUACUAAGAGGUUCACUAUUGUGGAUAUCGACCCCUAUGGAUCAGCCGCACCGUUUUUGGAUGGAGCUGUUCAGGCAGUCACUGAUGGAGGGUUGCUAAUGGUAACCUGUACUGAUAUGGGUGUACUGUGUGGUAACCAUAGCGAUGCAUGUUAUGGGAAAUAUGGAAGCAUGUCACUAAAAGCAAAAUUCUGUCAUGAAAUGGCUCUGAGGAUUCUCUUGUCAUCACUAGAAUCUCAUGCAAAUCGUUACAAGCGAUACAUUGUGCCACUCCUUUGUAUCAGUGUGGAUUUUUAUGUGCGCAUAUUUGUUCAAGUCUUCACUAGUCCAUCAGAAGUCAAAAGAUCUCCAAGUAAACAGUCACUAGUUUAUCAUUGCGUAGGCUGCGGGAGCUACCAUUUCCAGCUAGUUGGUCGUCGAAUAGAGGAAGGUUCAAGUAAGAAAUACCCUCCUGCCAUUGGUCCUACUGUUGGAAUGAAUUGUGACCAAUGUGGUUCUAAGUUCCAUGUUGGAGGACCAAUAUGGACAGAACCCAUGCAUGAUGUAGACUUUGUCAAAUCAUUAAGAGAAAUGGUCAAAUCUAACCAAGACAGUUAUAAAACAUCACAAAGAAUUAUUGGUGUGCUAACCAUGGUUGAGGAAGAACUACCAGAAGCACCUCUAUACUAUGCCUUAAACCAUCUCUCCAAUAUACUUCACUGCAACACCCCAUCUAUCGUUCAAUUCAGGUCUGCCCUCUUAGGCCUUGGAUACCAAGUAUCUGGUACACAUGCUUGUGGUACAGCCAUCAAGACAAAUGCUCCAAAUUCAGUUGUUUGGGAUAUCAUGAGGUGUUGGGUUAAGCUCUAUCCAGUUAAACGUAAAUCCAGUGAAAGUCCAGGCACCAUUAUCUUAGAUAAAGAACCUGAAGUGGAAGCAUCUUUUGAGACACAGAGUGGUGCUAAUCCCUCAUCAAGUAAACAGAGGCUUCUGAGGUUCCAACCUAAUCCUGAAACUAAUUGGGGACCAAAGGCAAG